AUGUCGUUGACACCGGAUCAAGUCAAGCUUAUCAAAGCCACUGUACCUGUAUUGAAGGAACAUGGCACAACAAUCACCUCGCACUUCUAUGAUGUACUACUCAAGGAGAAUCCAUCUCUAAAUGGCAUCUUCAAUCAAACACAUCAAAAGACUGGACAUCAAGCCGGAGCUCUUGCAGGAAGCUUGUACGCAUAUGCUUCUCAUAUCGAUGAUCUUGGCGUGCUGUCUUCAGCUGUCGAGAGGAUUUGCCAUAAACAUGCUUCCAUGUUUGUACAACCUGAUCAUUAUGGUGUCAUUGGAACGUAUCUAUUGCGGGCUAUGGGUGAUGUGCUUGGUGAAGCCUUGACGCCCGAGAUAUUGGAGGCUUGGGGUCAAGCUUACUGGCAAUUGGCGAACAUCAUGAUCAAGCAAGAAGACACUCUCUACAAAUCUGCUGGCUCUUGGACAUCCUGGCGCGACUUCCUCAUCUCUAAGAAAGUGCCAGAGUCCGAAGAAAUCACCUCCUUCUACCUCUCCCCCUUGGAUGGAAAGCCGUUACCUUCCUACCUCCCUGGCCAAUACAUCAGUGUGGCAACUUCAGUCCCUUCUCUUCACCACGACCAGAAUCGCCAAUACUCGCUCUCUGACGCACCAUCGCCCCAUCACUACCGCAUCAGUGUAAAGCGUGAAUCCGCCGUCCAAAUAGGCGACAUCACACAUCCAGCCUACAUCUCCAAUAUCCUGCACGCAGACAAGAGAGAAGGAGAUAUUCUGCAAGUCUCUCACCCAUUCGGCGAAUUCUAUGCGGAUCCCAAAGACGAGAAUAACGGAGCUCUAGUCUUGAUUUCUGCCGGUGUGGGUAUUACACCAAUGAUCUCCAUCCUCAAUACCUUCAUCGAAGAGAAGAAAGAGAGGAACAUCCGUUUUAUCCACGGCACGAGAUCUUCGGCUGUUCAGGCUUUUGGUCCUCAUAUCCGGGAUAUCACAUCAACAUAUCCCUUUGUCAACUCUGUCAUCUUCAACAAAACUCCCUCUGCGAAUGCGAAACAAGGCACCGAUUACGAUUUUGCAAGCAGGAUGGAUCUGGAUAGACUGAACAAGGACAAGGACCUUUUCUUGCAUGACAAAGAAGCAGUCUAUUAUGUAUGCGGUCCUAGUGGCUUUAUGAGGGAUAUGGCCGCUAAAUUGCAGAGUUAUAGUGUUGAGGAGAGGAGGAUUAAGUUGGAGAUUUUUGGUACGGGGAAUAUGUCGUAG